CAUCGCCGUAAACGGCUACCAGAUGGUCUACCUCACCGCGCGCGGCAUUGGCAUGGCCACCACGACCAAAGAGUACCUCGCCUCCAUCAAGCAGGGCGAGGACAUGCUGCCACCGGCGCCAGUGCUCCUUUCGCCCACGCGGCUCAUCGAGUCGCUCACGCGAGAGGUGAUCCGGCGCAACCCCGAGGAGUUCAAAAUUGAGUGCCUGCAGCAAGUGCGCUCCCUCUGGCCGGAGGAGCGCAACCCCUUCUACGCCGGCUUUGGCAACAACUCGCACGACGAGACUGCCUACCUCGCCGCGGGGGUGCCGCCAGCGCGCAUCUUUGUCAUCAACCCGCAAGGCGAGAUCAGGCGGGGCGGCGGCACAUACUGCUGGGCGAGCUACCCGCGGCUCCUCGAACUGGCGCAGGAGGUCUUCCCGCCGCUCGAGGAGCUCGCCGCGGUGGCGGACGCGGACGGGGGCGCGACGGCGCUGUCGGACGUCGCCGAGCCGGUGGAGGACGAGUUCAAGUCCUUUAACUUUUGGCGAAUCCCGCCCCCUCUGUUGGAGGCGGACGAAGCGCCCGCGGAGAAGGAGCCGCCGUGAGGGGGCUGAGAGCGGGCCACGGGCUCACGUCAGCGUUGGAUUUCCCCUAUUAUACGCCGCCGCCGGCGAGCGUGGCGGCGUGCUGUGCGGCAGUGCGCCCCAUCGAGCCAUCGUUGAGCGGCAUUGUCAAUCUUUACGGAAUACUGAAACGUAUGUAC